UGGAUUUAAAUGUCAGGUAGACUCUCCAACUUUGGGUGUGCGUUAGUACACAUUUAAACUUGUAUAAAAUUGAAAAAGUAAAUAUCACAUCCUACGUGAUAUAAUGCAUUUAGGAUGCCACACAGGAUAUACAAUUUUCAUGUAGGAUGUCACGUAAGACAAAUCCACCUAGCUAGUUGUUCAAUUUUAUAUACAAGUUCUAGUGUCUACUUGUACACACUCAAAAUUAGCUAGCGUCUACGUCUUUUAACUUUGGAUAUGCACAAAUAGGCACUUAAACUAUUCAAAAGUUAAACCAGUAAAUACACGCAUCCUAUGUGACAUUAUACAUGUAGGAUAUCAUAUAGGACACAAAACCACCACAUACGAUGUGUGUGUUUAUUUGUUCAACUUUUGGAAAGUUUAAGUGUUUACCUGUGUACAUCAAAAGUUGAAGGAUAUAGAUGCCGGCUGAAACCAAGUUAACAGACACAUUUAUUUAUUAUGCUUUUAAUUCACAUGAUUGUACAUGUUUUAGGGCCCAUCACUGAGAACCACCAGAUUGUACUAUCAAAAGAUAAGUUAGUUAUAAAGAAUCAGCAUAGUUUCAAUUCUUCCCAAUCUUGCAGACACUUAUAACUAAUCUCAUAUAGAAGAAAAAUGGAAUCUAUAGGAGUACUAAUGGCAUGUCCAAUGUCAUCAUACUUAGAACAACAACUCGAUAAUCGAUUCAACCUCAUACGUUACUGGAACUUCUCCGAUAAGAAACAAUUCAUCAACGACUACGCUCAUUCAAUACGUGCUGUUGUGGGAAACGCUGCUGCUGGUGCUGAUGCAGAGCUUAUCGAGGCGUUGCCUCAGCUAGAAAUUGUGGCUAGUUUCAGUGUUGGUUUAGAUAAGAUUGAUUUGAACAAGUGUAAAGAGAAGGGUAUUAGAGUGACUAAUACACCAGAUGUGUUAACUGAGGAUGUUGCUGAUCUUGCUAUUGGAUUAAUGUUGGCUGUGCUAAGGAGGAUUUGCGAGUCUGAUCGAUAUGUUAAGAAGGGAUUGUGGAAGGCUGGUGAUUUCGCGUUGACUUCUAAGUUUAGUGGCAAAAGAGUUGGUAUCAUAGGAUUAGGGAGGAUUGGCUUAGCAAUUGCAAAGAGAGCAGAGGCUUUUGAUUGUCCAAUCAGUUACUACGCGCGAUCAGAAAAGACAAAUACGAAUUACAAAUACUAUCCAACUGUAGUAGAACUCGCUACCAAUUGUGAGAUCCUGGUUGUGGCGUGUGCACUAACUCCUGAGACUCGUUACAUUGUCAACCGCGAAGUGAUUGAUGCAUUAGGUGCAAAAGGGAUUCUUAUCAACAUUGGAAGGGGACCUCAUGUUGAUGAAAAAGAGAUGGUAUCUUCUCUUCUUGAUGGUCGAUUAGGGGGCGCUGGCCUUGAUGUGUUUGAGAAUGAACCUGAAGUCCCUGAAAAUCUGUUCGGCCUUGAGAAUGUGGUCUUGCUGCCUCAUGUAGCUAGUGGAACAGAGGAAACACGCGAGUCGAUGGCUGACAUUGUCAUUGGUAACUUACAAGCUCACUUUCAGAACAAACCACUGUUGACUCCGGUGGUUUAUUUAUCAUCGACCUUUCUAGUAUUUCACUCGAAAAAUAAAGUGAAACCUAAAUUUAAACAUUUUACUUGCAAAAAGCUCGAGUUUAUAAUGGCGAUGGCGAAAAUAGGAGUAUUGGUGAUAUGCCCAAUGCUAUCUUACCUAGAAGAAGAGCUCGACAAGCGUUUCAAUCUGUUCAGAUUGUGGGAAGCUUCUUCGAAGUCUGAGUUUUUGACUCAGAACAGUGACUCAAUCCGAGCUGUUGUGGGUAGCGCAUUUUUUGGUGCUGAUUCAGAGCUCAUUGAUGCAUUACCAAACUUGGAAAUUGUAUCAUCUUUUUGUGUGGGUUUGGAUAAGAUUGAUUUGGUUAAGUGUAAAGAGAGAGGAAUUAGAGUUACUAAUACUCCUGAUGUGCUCACUGAUGAUGUAGCUGAUGCAGCUAUUGGACUGAUAUUAGCAACUUUGAGGAGAAUUUGUGUUGCUGAUGGGUUUGUUAGACGUGGGUUAUGGAAAAAUGGCGAUUUCGAAUUGACAUCGAAGUUCAGUGGUAAAUCAGUUGGCAUAAUUGGAUUGGGCAGAAUUGGUUCAGCAAUAGCAAAGAGAGCUGAAGCUUUUGGAUGCCCCAUUAGCUACCACUCCAGAUCCAAGAAACCAAACUUCAAUUACAAAUACUACUCUACUGUGGUCGAUUUGGCUGCAAACUCUGAAAUCCUUGUUGUUGCAUGCGCUUUGACUGAAGAAACUCGAAACAUAGUCAAUCGCAUAGUGCUUGAUGCAUUAGGUCCAAAGGGCAUCAUAAUCAACAUAGGACGAGGUGCACAUGUAGAUGAAUCUGAACUUGUAGCUGCACUGAUUGAAGGUCGUAUUGGUGGAGCUGGUCUUGAUGUUUAUCAGAGAGAACCAGAGGUUCCUGAACAAUUGUUUGGACUUGAGAAUGUUGUUCUAUUGUCUCAUGUUGCAAGUGAUACAGUAGAAACUUGCACAGCCAUGGCAGAUCUUGUUAUUGCAAACUUGGAAGCUCAUUUUCUUCACAAACCAUUGUUGACUCCUGUGCUCUAAACAUGUUCAUUCAUCAGUGCUUGCUGGGCAAUCAGCAACAAUUCUUUGAACUCAUUGAACAUUUCCAAUAUUCUGGAAUUGUAAUCUUUUUUCUUUGAUGAUGAUAUCAAAUUGUGCAUUUGACUAUUCAAAACCAAAACCUUGAAGAAUGAGUUUUAUUCUGCUA